CGAAGACGCUUGCAAUGAUUCAGUUGAUGUUUGCUUGGUUUUGACACUGGUCUUCAUCAAUUUUUUGUACAUUUCGUUCAAAGACACAUCUCAACAUGGACGCAAUUCAAAACGGAUGGUUUAGUGAAAUUAACGAUCUUUGGCCCGGCCAGUGUUUUUCAUUGAAAGUCAAAGAAGUUUUGCACGAAGAACGUUCCGAUUUACAAGACAUCAAACUCAUUGACACGUUUGCACAUGGUCGUGUGUUAAUCUUAGACGGGAUAAUUCAAUGCUCUGAAAAAGAUGAAUUUUCCUAUCAGGAAAUGAUCUCGUAUUUGCCGCUUUGCUGCCAUCCGAACCCUGAAAACGUGCUCAUCGUCGGCGGCGGCGAUGGAGGUGUGGCACGUGAAGUGGUCAAGCAUCCCAACGUGAAAAAUGUUCAUCAAGUGGAAAUCGAUGGGCGUGUUGUGGAAGUUUCGAAGAAAUACCUACCAAAUAUGGCUUGUGGAUUCGAUUCACCGAAACUUACACUUACGAUUGGCGAUGGUUUCGAUUUUAUGAAGAAGCAUGUCGGCCAAUUUGAUGUUAUCAUCACGGAUAGCAGUGAUCCAAUUGGACCAGCUGUCAGUCUCUUUCAAGAGUCAUAUUUUGCUCUAAUGAAAAAGGCACUCAAGCCAAACGGAGUGAUUUGCUCGCAAGGCGGCACUUUUUGGACAGAUAAUGAACAUGUUAAGGCUACAUUGGAUCAUUGCCGUAAACAAUUUUCCACCGUUGGAUACGCAGUUACAUCGGUGCCGUCAUAUCCAUGUGGCCAAAUUGGAUUCAUAAUUGCAUCUACCAACGAGGGACAUGCAUUGAAGACACCAAAAAAGGUCUUCACCGCUGAACAAUUGGACAGCAUGAACUUGAAAUAUUAUUCGGCUGAAACUCAUCGAGCUGCAUUCGAAGGAUUGCCGCGUUCCGUCGCCAAGGAAUUGUACAGUUAGCUUAUCGUGAAUGGCUCUCCAAUGGAACUAAAGUUCCAAUACUAUUGUAACAUCAAGUUACAAUCGAUAACUACAAUUUUACUUAAAUCGAUUGUAUCGUUGCAAUAAAAAACGCUUCAAUUUACAAUUUCUUAUCGAA